AUGCCUGUCAAAACUCCAGUCAAGCCGUCCUCGGGCAAUGGCGGCAACAGCCAUUUCAACCAGAAGCUCAAGAACUUCUUCCGGAUCAAUUCGGCCACGCAUUCCGAGAAGGAGAAGCACUUGGACGGCGCCACCGCCGGCAACACCCAGACCAGUCCCAAAGCCGAUCCUCGGUCAACGCUUCGUCAAUCCAAGAACCGCUUCUUCAGCUCGACGGUCGGCCGCCUCAGAUCCACUACCACAGCGAGCGAAGGCAACCCCCUUGAUGAAGCAAUGAGCCCGACCGCGCACGCGAACCCUUAUUUCGCUCACCAAGGCCACCCCGGCCUCCGGCAUCAUAACGAGGGCUCAGUCCCACCGAGCCCCCCCGAUACCCCCAGCCUGAAGAUCCAGGGCCCUGACGGCGUCACUCAGCAGCCUACAAAUGCAAAUAAAGAAGAACUUGCACGGAAACUGCGCAGAGUCGCCAGUGCUCCUAAUGCUCAAGGCCUCUUCAACAAGUCCAAAGGAAGCGGAGAACGCCCUGCGACUGCCGAGUUGGGCAAGGAGCCAUUGAUGCAAAGCGGCAACCUGUCCACGCUAGGCUUCGUUGAUAGCAAAACCACUGAGCCUGGGACAUUGGCCGUGCCAGACCCUGACGAGCUCGGGUCUCUGCCGACUGCUCCUCGUAACAACCUGGCUUUCCGUAGGACUUACAGUUCCAACUCGAUCAAGGUACGCGAUGUCGAGGUUGGGCCUUCAUCUUUCGACAAGAUCAAGUUGAUUGGUAAAGGAGACGUGGGCAAGGUAUAUCUGGUCAAGGAGAAGAAGAGCUCGCGGCUCUACGCCAUGAAAGUCUUGAGCAAGAAGGAGAUGAUUAAGCGCAACAAGAUCAAGAGAGCCCUGGCCGAGCAAGAGAUCCUCGCGACGAGCAAUCACCCGUUCAUUGUCACCCUCUAUCACUCUUUCCAGUCCGAAGACCAUCUGUACCUCUGCAUGGAGUAUUGCAGUGGCGGAGAGUUCUUCAGGGCCCUGCAAACUCGGCCAGGAAAGUGCAUCCCGGAGGACGAUGCUCGUUUCUACGCCGCCGAGGUCACAGCUGCCUUGGAAUAUCUGCAUCUCAUGGGUUUCAUCUACAGAGAUCUAAAGCCAGAAAACAUUCUGCUGCAUCAAUCUGGACACAUCAUGUUGUCAGACUUUGACUUGUCGAAACAGUCGGAUCCAGGCGGCAAGCCCACGAUGAUUAUGGGCAAGAACGGCGCAAGCACCUCCUCACUCCCGACGAUCGAUACAAAGUCCUGUAUCGCAAACUUCAGGACGAAUUCCUUUGUCGGCACCGAAGAGUACAUUGCCCCAGAAGUCAUUAAGGGAAGCGGGCAUACCAGCGCUGUUGAUUGGUGGACCUUGGGCAUCUUGAUCUACGAGAUGUUAUACGGCACCACACCGUUCAAGGGGAAGAACCGCAACGCCACUUUUGCCAACAUCCUUCGGGAGGAGAUUCCUUUCCCAGAGCAUUCAGGAUCACCUCAAAUCUCCAAUCUUUGCAAAUCUCUCAUUCGGAAACUCUUGAUCAAGGACGAGACACGUAGACUUGGCGCCCGCGCAGGCGCCUCGGACAUCAAGGCACACCCAUUCUUCCGACAGACUCAGUGGGCUUUGAUCAGGCACAUGAAGCCGCCCAUCGUUCCCCAUGCGGGUCGCGGUGUCGACACGAUCAACUUCCGUAAUGUCAAGGAGAGCGAGAGUGUCGACAUCACCGGAUCACGCCAAAUUCAUCUGCACAAGGGCGUUCCCCUAGACAGUGGGCUGGCCACACCAGGAAACGAGCUCGCAGACCCCUUUGAGGAGUUCAACAGCGUCACUUUGCACCAUGACGGGGACGAUCACCAGUACAGCAGCCAGGACUCUCAUCGGUAG